GUUUAAAAGAAAGGGACUUCUCCCUCCUUCUCUCUCUCUUUCACUCAUUGCUUCUCUCUCAGCACUGCCUGGAUGGAACACACUCACUCAGAGCAGAGAGACAGAGAGGAAUGACAGAACUGUCAUCUCUUUAAAGAAAAUAAAGUAACACUUCAAGAACUGAGUUACUGAUGUUUGCAACGUUUCAUUUUGGUGUCACAUUGCAUCUCAUAGAAAGAGGCACGUCUCUGAGCUUGCACUAGAGGACUGAUUUCACUAAGGAUUAAACCUACAUCCAGUAUUUUAAAAUCGUCUGAAUAUUCACCACUGCAUUUGACACACCAGAGUCCUGUUGAGAGCACAUCAUCAUGGGGAUGAGAGGCCUGCCCCUGGCCUGUGUGGCAGUGGCCAUUCUAGUCCAACUCUCUAGUGCUGGCCUGGUCAAAAGAGUAAUUAGACACAGAAGAGAAUCGCUAUUUUCCCCAACCACUGAGAAUUUGACCAUCCCAAGCCCUGAUCAACCUGUGGUCUUCAACCAUGUAUACAACAUCAAUGUCCCCUCUGGAUCCCUGUGCUCGGUGGACAUGGAUUCACCUGGAACAACAGAAAUGAAGCCAAAACCUGAACAAUCCGACCAGCACAUAGAACACACCAUGGAUGGGGAGAACCAGAUUGUAUUUACGCAUAGGAUUAACAUUCCCAAACAAGCAUGUGGUUGUGAUAACCACCUACCUGACCUGAAGGAUCUUCUAAACAGGUUGGAAAUGCUAGAGGCAGAGGUCUCCAGUCUAAGGGAGCAGUGCACCAGUGGAGCAGGCUGCUGUGGAGCACAGGUUAGAGGUGAAGUCACAGCCAAACCCUACUGCAGUGGCCGUGGCAACUACAGCACUGAAACCUGCAGCUGUUUGUGUGAACCUGGUUGGAAGGGACCCAAUUGCUCCGAGCCUGAGUGUCCAAACUUUUGCCAGGAUCAAGGCCGAUGUGAGGAUGGCAAGUGCAUCUGCUUUGAGGGUUUCGGUGGUGAGGACUGUGGAAUUGAACUGUGUCCAGUAGAUUGCGGUGAGAAUGGAGAGUGCAUUGAUGGGGCUUGCCUCUGUGAGGAGGGCUUCAUCGGUGAGGACUGCAGCUUAACCAACUGCCCAAACAACUGCCUCGGCAGGGGCCGCUGUGUAGACGAUGAAUGCUUAUGUGAUGAGCCCUGGACAGGGAUGGACUGCUCUGAGCUCAUCUGUCCCAAUGACUGCUACGACCGUGGACGAUGUGUCAAUGGAACCUGCUUUUGUGAUGAGGGCUUUACUGGGGAGGAUUGUGGGGAGCUUACAUGCCCCAAAAAUUGCAACCAUCGUGGAAGGUGCAUCAAUGGACAGUGUGUGUGCAAUAUUGGCUACAGUGGAGAAGACUGUUCUAAGCUAACAUGCCUCAAUGAUUGCAAUCUGAGAGGUCACUGCUUCAAUGGGAAGUGUAUCUGCGACCCUGGGUUCGAGGGUGAGGACUGCAGCAUUCUCUCUUGCCCCGACAACUGCAAUGACAGGGGCCAAUGUGUCAAUGGCGAGUGUAUUUGUGAUGCUGGAUAUGAAGGUGAUGACUGCUCUGAGCUUUCCUGCCACAAUAACUGCCACAAUCAUGGUCGUUGUGUCAACGGAAAGUGCAUUUGCAAAGUGGGCUUUGCUGGAGAAGACUGCAGCAUCAAGACCUGUCCCAAUGACUGCCAUGGCCGUGGACAGUGUGUGGACGGAAAGUGCGUUUGCCAUGCUGGCUUUACAGGCCAUGACUGUAGUGAACUGACUUGCCCCAACAACUGCCAUAACCAAGGACGUUGUGUAAAUGGCCAAUGUUUGUGUAACAGCGGGUUUGCCGGGGAGGACUGUGAUACAAAGACAUGUCCAAACAACUGUUUGGACCAUGGGUACUGUGAAGAUGGAAAGUGUGUCUGCUUUGAGGGCUACACUGGUGUAGACUGCUCUGUUCUCACCUGCCCAGGAAACUGCAAUGACCAAGGCCAGUGUUUGAAUGGAAUGUGCAUCUGUGAUUUAGGCUUCACUGGCGAGGACUGCUCUGAUAUCUCCCCACCCAGAGACCUGACUGUGACUGAAGUGGACCCGGAAACAGUGGACCUCACCUGGGUCAAUGAGAUGCUCGUCACAGAGUAUCUUAUCACUUAUGUUCCUACGGCUCCUGGUGGUUUGGAGAUGGAAAUGAAAGUGUCUGGUGAAAAAAAGACUGCCACCAUUAGGGAGCUAGAGCCUGGCAUUGAGUACCUAAUCAGUGUCUUUGCUGUCUUGAACAACAAGAUGAGUGUUCCAGUCAGUGCCAGAAUAGCCACACAUCUUCCUGAACCCGAGGGCCUGAAAUUCAGAUCAGUGAAAGAGACUGCAGUGGAAGUUGAGUGGGACCCCUUGAACAUCCCAUUUGAUGGCUGGAACCUUAUCUUCAGAAACACAAAAGAAGAGGAUGGAGAGAUUUCGAACUCUCUCACCCCACCUGAGACCACCUUUGAGCAGUCUGGUCUUGGACCUGGCCAAGAGUAUGAGGUUAAACUGGAGGUGGUAAAGAACAACACCCGUGGACAACCAGCCAGCAGGAACGUUGUCACAAUGAUUGAUGCUCCCAGCCAAGUUGAUGUACGUGAUGUGACAGACACUACAGCCCUUAUCACCUGGAUUCAGCCUGUAGCUCAGGUGGACAGGAUCUCUGUGUCCUAUGGCCCGAACACUGGUUCCUCAGACAGGAAUUCAAUUGAGGUUUCCUCCAUGGAUACCCAGUAUCAUUUGGCUGAGCUGUAUCCUGACACUGAGUAUGAGGUGUCUCUCAUGGCCCACAGGGGAGAGAUGACCAGCUUUCCCAUCUAUGAGACCUUCACAACAGACCUGGAUGCCCCUAAGCACCUCAAGGCAGUGGAACAGACAGAUGAGAGCAUCACCCUGGAGUGGAAAAACAGCAGAGCCAACGUCCUCAAUUACCGCAUCAAAUACGGCCCACUUUCUGGAGGGGAGCAUAGAGAACUGGUCUUCCCCAGUGGCCCACAAGAUACCACUCAUGCUAAACUCACUGGUCUCAAACCUGGAAUCGAGUAUGGAAUGGGAGUGACAUCAAUCAAAGAAGAGCGUGAGAGUUUGCCCGUGACGACCAAUGCUGUGACUGAUCUUGAUGCUCCCAAAGAUCUAGAGGCAAGCGAGGCCACAGAGACUACACUGGUGCUGGUUUGGAGGAGGCCGGUGGCCAAGAUUGAUCUGUAUAGGCUAGUGUUUGUGUCAGCGGACGGCAGGAUAGUCGAAGUGGAGGUACCGGGUGGUGACAAUACCUAUACCCUGAGGAACCUAAACCCUGGCAUGCUGUACACCAUCACCCUGACUGCCGAGAGAGGAAGAAAGAAGAGUGCGCCAGCCAACCUGUCAGCAUCCACAGAUGAGAAGAAGCCUCAGGUGGGAAACAUCACCAUCUCUGAUGUGUCUUGGGACAGAUUCCGUGUGUCCUGGGAGCUGGAAAGAGGAGAGCUUGAUGGCUUUCUAAUUGAAGUGUCUGACCCCGAUGGCCUGGCAGAUGGCCAGAACCACACUCUAUCUGGCCAGGAGUCCAGCCUGGCAGUCACUGACCUGUCCCCUAGUACUUUCUACAGGGUCACUCUUUAUGGGCUGUACAGGGGAGAUCUCCUAGAUCCUGUCUUUGCAGAAGCCAUCACAGAGGCUGAACCUGAAGUGGAGCAUCUGUUGGUCUCGGGAAUCACACCACACAGCCUUCAACUGGCAUGGACAGCCCGGGAAGACAUCUUUGAUACAUUCGCUAUCAAAGUCAUUGAUUCUAAUGGACUAGACCAACCUCACCACAUUAAAGUAUCCGGAGACAGAAGAACAGAAGUGGUUACAGGUCUUAAGGAAGAUACAGAGUAUGAAAUCGAACUCUUUGGGAUAAUUUUGGGACGGAAAUUCCAGCCCAUUUUGGCUGUAGCUCGAACAGAUCUGGGUACACCUAAGGGGAUACGCUUCUCGGACGUGACUGACACAUCAGCUACUGUUCACUGGACUAUGCCCCAUACCCGAGUAGACAGUUACCGUGUCAGCUAUGUACCACUUCAGGGUGGCAGCCCCGUGACACUGCGAGUAGAUGGAGGAGAGUCUCAAGCCAUAUUGCCUAAUCUGACCCCUGGAGUGACCUAUCAGGUCAUGGUCAUUGCUGUGAAGGGGUUGGAGGAGAGUGAGCCAGGAUCGGAUAGAGUUACAACAGCCCUGGAUAAGCCACGAGGUCUGACAGCCGUCAACAUCACUGACACUGAGGCUCUGCUGCUGUGGCAGCCUUCCAUCGCUACUGUGGACGGUUAUGUCAUCACUUACAGUGCAGACACUGUGACUCCAGUGAUGAAAAGGGUGUCAGGGAACACUGUGGAGUUUGAGAUGAGCUCUCUCAUACCUGCCACCCAAUACACAGUAAAAGUCUAUGCAGUCAGAGACACAUCUAAGAGUGCUGCAACCACCACAGAGUUCACCACAGAUGUUGAUGCCCCCCAGAACCUGGCAGCCAGUAAUAUUCAAACAGACAGUGCAAUGUUGACAUGGAAGCCACCAAGAGCAGACAUCAGCGGGUAUAUCCUCAGCUUUGAGUCCGCUGAUGGUGUCCUCAUGGAGGUAGUCUUCAGCCCCACAGCAACAUAUUACAGCAUGUCCCAGCUGACUGCCUCCACAGAGUACACAGUCAAACUGCAGGCCAUUGCUGGACCGAAUAGAAGCAGAAUUGUCUCUACAGUCUUCACCACCAUCGGUGUGCUGUACAGGCAUCCUAAAGACUGCUCACAGGCGCUGUUGAAUGGAGACACAACUUCGGGGUUGUACACUAUUUACCUGCGUGGAGAUGAGAAUCAGCCCCUGCAGGUCUACUGUGAUAUGACCAAUGACGGAGGCGGCUGGAUCGUGUUUGUUAGACGGCAGAGUGGUAAAGUGGAGUUUUUCAGAAACUGGAAGAAUUACACUGCAGGCUUCGGUGACCUGAACGAUGAAUUCUGGCUAGGUCUCUCUAACCUCCAUAAGAUCACCUCCUCUGGGCAGUAUGAGCUCCGUGUGGACCUCAGAGAUAAGGAUGAGUCUGCGUAUGCACAGUAUGACAAAUUUACAGUCUCUGAACCACGCAGUCGCUACAAAGUUCAUGUUGGAGGAUACAGCGGCACGGCAGGUGACUCAAUGACUUAUCACCAUGGCCGUCCAUUCUCAACCUAUGAUCAUGACAAUGAUAUAGCUGUCACCAACUGUGCUCUAUCCUAUAAGGGAGCUUUCUGGUAUAAAAACUGUCAUCGAGUGAAUAUUAUGGGCCGAUAUGGAGACAAUAGUCACAGCAAGGGUGUAAACUGGUUCCAUUGGAAGGGUCAUGAGCACUCCAUCGAGUUUGCAGAAAUGAAGAUCAGGCCCGCCAACUUCAGGAACUUUGAGGGAAGGAGAAAGCGAUCAUAAACCAGAGUGCUCCGGCUUGAACCAAGCAACCUUCCCCUGCUGCCCAUUCAUCCCUUUUUCCUCCUGCAUCAUCUCAUCCCCUUCAUCUACCAAAGCCACUGCCAGGAGCCCAGCCUGCUCUCUACACUCUCCUAUUCAUGGAGAACAGAAACAAAUAAUUUCUUCUUUCCCCAUUCAAAGCUAAAAACCACAAACAGUUGUGUACCACUACUGUUUAGGUCAGUAUCAGACAGUAAACCAAUAGACUCAUAGUGAAGUGCUUAGCAUAACACACUGUGCCUGAACAUCAUAAGCACACGCCAAAGACAGAUACUCCAGUAACAUCCAUACACUACAAUAUCGGUGGAGGGGAGAUUUUGAGUUUGGCUCGGUGCUUUCCAGUUAAAAAAAAAUAAACUAUGAUAUCUUCUCUCUGUAUAUCACAUGCAGUUAGUUACAGUGGAGCAUGCUUGGAUUGCAGAGAGAGCAGAAUGUUUGUGUGCGGUAUUAUUUGUGUUGGAGUCUCUUCACUAGGCUGUACCUAGCCUCAAUAAUUCUUUAUUCUCUAAUAAUAUUCUCACCCUGAGAAGAUGGCACAUUAAAAUAAAAAGUCAAAAUUUUAUAUCCAGAUAAAAAAGGAUAGCAUUAUAAUAUCUAGUGUGGAGGCUCAGAUAUAUUUUUUUUUAAAUCUUUUUUUAAUCUGUCUGUGACAAAUCGCAAGUACCCAUGCUCUCUGCUUUCUCUAUGCCACAACUUAUGCUAUUCUGCUCAUCAGUUCUGAAGUGGCACAUAUUAGAAGCAGUAGCUAAGAGUUCAUUUAUGCACCUUUCUUUGUGUUUCCUGUACCCUAUAACCAUAUUGCCGUUCAGUCACAAGACAUACGAAUCUGGAUUUGUUGCUUGUUAUCCUCCAAAAAUAUAAAGAAAACAAAACAGCUAAGGCAGGACCUAUAUUCAAACUUUGAUUUAAUGAAGUGAUUUUCUGUUCACCAGUUACAAGCUUGUAUAAUGUUCAAGAGUCAUAAAGAAUAAUGUUGAGGACAAGAAAUAAAAGUACUUUAAAAGUCAGGUUUUUUUAAUUAUUGUACACAUAGCCUUAUAUGAAAGUUUGUCACAAAAAAAGUUAAUAUACAGAAGCAUGAUUACAUGCAUAAGUCUUCGUGUUGCCCCCCAUCCCACCUACCCGACUAAACCACUGACCCUAUAGAUUACUUGUGUAAAUGAUGUCUCGUUUUGGUAUUUGGAGAUUUUUGUUUGAUUGUUUGUUUAUUAAAUGGGUGUACAACAGGUGUUUCUUUGUAACUCCUCUUAAAAUAAAAACAGAUUGUGUAAUAAAACAUG